CUACGACACACCAUUACCCACAAUUCAGCUGCACAUUGUUAUGACUUGGCCAAUGACGUAGUCAGGAACUAUUUUCCAUCCACUGCUGAAGUUCUUCUCCAUGGUCAAGAUGGUGACUGUAUAUGCUGCCUGUGCCCUGCUGUGCUUUGCGCCACUAUUGGUGGUCAGUGAUCCUCCUGUUUUGACCCAGCCGGAGCAGGUGCACCUCUCCUAUCCAGGGGUCCCUGGAUCCAUGGUGGUCACGUGGACAACCUUCAACCGUACCGACAGCCUGGUGGAGUACAGCCCCUGGGGGGACAUUCUCUUUCACAAGAGCGCCAAGGGAAGCGUGACGCCGUUUGUGGACUCAGGAAACGAGAAGAGGAAGAUGUUCAUCCACAGAGUCACGCUCAGCGACCUCAAGCCAGGUUCCCAUUAUGUGUACCACUGUGGCAGCGACAUGGGCUGGAGCGACAUGUUCUGGUUCAGACCAAUCGACGAAACCAUCAUCCAGCCCGCCUUCGCCCUGUAUGGAGACCUGGGCAACGAGAACCCCCAGUCCCUGGCCCGGCUGCAGAAGGAGACCCAGCUAGGAAUCCUUGACGCCAUCUUGCACAUAGGGGACUUUGCCUAUGAUAUGCAUGAGGACAAUGCGAGGGUCGGCGAUGAGUUCAUGAGACAGAUCCAGUCCAUCGCCGCCUACGUUCCCUACAUGACCUGUCCUGGCAACCACGAAUCUGCCUAUAACUUCUCAAACUACAGGAACCGCUUCAGCAUGCCAGGCCGGACGGAAAGCCUGUGGUACAGCUGGAACAUAGGGCCCAUCCACAUCAUAUCCCUGUCCACCGAGGUCUACUUUUACCUCGAGUUUGGCCAGGAGCUUCUCUUCAGGCAGUACGACUGGCUGAAGCAGGACCUGGAGGAGGCCAACAGGCCAGAGAACCGGGCAGCCCGUCCCUGGAUCAUCACCAUGGGACACCGGCCCAUGUACUGCUCCGACGACGACCAGGACGACUGCACCACGUUUGACUCCUUCGUAAGACGAGGACGCAACGACACUACCCCAGCAGCACCGGGCUUGGAGGAUCUAUUUUACCUCCACGGUGUGGACGUGGAGCUGUGGGCGCAUGAGCACACCUACGAGAGACUCUGGCCGGUCUACGGGGACAAGGUGUUCAACGGUAGCGUCGCAGAGCCCUACACCAACCCCAAGGCCCCCGUGCACAUUAUCACCGGCUCUGCUGGCUGCAAAGAGAAGACGGAUAGAUUCAACCCCAACCCCAAAGACUGGAGCGCCUUCCGCAGCACGGACUACGGCUACACCCACAUGCAAGUGGUCAACCACACCCACCUCUACCUCGGCCAGGUGUCCGACGAUCAGGCCGGCAAGACGAUUGACAGCAUAUGGAUUAUAAAGGACAAGCAUGGCUAUGAUGCCUGGUUUUGAGUCCUGCCCGGAGACGGACCGUCCUCUCCGAGGGGCUGAAGCACUCUCUCUGCACUCUGUGGACCAAUCUAUAAUGCUGUUUUCAGGCGGUGAGGUUCUAGAGGAACCUCGAAUGAUCUCAGAACCCGUCUAUGCACUACUGUCACUUUGUAUGUUUGAACUGUCAGAUUCUACUUCUCUGGAUUUUUCUGUGGCUUUUUUAUUGAAAUUGACUAUCUAACUAACUAACUUUUAAAUAUUUCAGCCAAACCAAACAAUUGUAUUAAUUUUUAGUAACUAAUAUAUGUAUGUGAUGAUGUAUGUUAUGUUUAAGUGAAAUGUGUUCCCCUAAAAUAAUAAUAAAGAAAUAUAUGAUUUCAAAGUC